AGCAAAAGAGGAGUAAAAAUGGCGGAGAACAGCGGCACAGAUCCUGCCGUGGAAAGGAGCGCCGAAGAAAACGCUGCCACCAGCGGGACCAUAAUCAUGGUCACUGUAAAAACACCGAAAGAUAAGGAAGAAAUAGCAAUCUCCGAGGAUGCCUCUGUCUCACAGUUUAAAGAAGAAAUCUCCAAAAGGUUUAAGGCAAAGCAGGACCAGUUAGUCUUGAUCUUUGCUGGUAAAAUCCUGAAAGAUGGAGACACACUCAGUCAGCAUGGUAUAAAGGAUGGACUCACUGUUCACCUUGUCAUCAAAACAGCACAAAAGGCCACAGGUGCAAGCUCCUCAGCUGGUUCAUCCACCUCUGGUACAUCACAGGUGAACAGUGGCACUGCGAAUACUGCCAGCCCUGGCCCUGCUGUCAACCUGGGCACAUCGCAGGGCAGUGGGCCAUCGCCAGCCACCUCACAGCCAGCCAGCUUAUUUACUGGAUUCGGUGACCUGUCCAGCCUGGCUAACUUGGGCAUGGGCUCUGCCAACUUCAUGGAGUUGCAGCAGCAAAUGCAGCGACAGCUGAUGUCAAACCCGGAGAUGCUCUCGCAGAUCAUGGAGAACCCUCUGGUCCAGAACAUGAUGUCCAACCCAGACCUGAUGAGGCAGAUGAUCAUGGCCAAUCCGCAGAUGCAACAGCUCAUGGAGCGCAACCCUGAGAUUUCACACAUGCUCAACAACCCAGAGCUGAUGAGACAGACAAUGGAGUUGGCAAGGAAUCCAGCCAUGAUGCAAGAGAUGAUGCGUAACCAGGACCGGGCUCUUAGCAACUUGGAGAGCAUCCCUGGGGGGUACAAUGCUCUACGGAGGAUGUACACGGAUAUCCAGGAGCCCAUGUUUAGUGCUGCACGCGAGCAGUUUGGAAACAAUCCCUUCUCCGCCUUGGGGGUUAAUGCAGACAGCCCAGGAGCACAGCCUUCCCGGACGGAAAACCGUGAGCCACUGCCAAAUCCAUGGGGCCCCCCAGACACCACCUCUGCUGCAACUGGCACCACAACCACCUCCAGCACGAGCUCUACCACGCCCAGCGUCUCCAACCCCCUGGGCAUUAGCUCCUCCAGCUUGGGAAAUGGUAUAUUCAACAGCCCUGGUAUGCAGAGCCUGAUGCAGCAGAUCUCGGAGAACCCCCAGCUGAUGCAGAACAUGCUCUCUGCCCCCUACAUGCGCAGUAUGAUGCAGUCCCUGGCCCAGAACCCAGAGGUCGCCUCACAGGUCUUGAUGAACAACCCUCUUUUUGCUGGAAAUCCCCAGCUGCAGGAGCAGAUGAGACACCAGCUACCUGUAUUUCUGCAACAGAUGCAGAACCCUGAAGCCCUGUCGGUGAUGACAAACCCACGGGCCAUGCAGGCUCUGAUGCAGAUCCAGCAGGGUUUGCAGACCCUCCAGACUGAGGCUCCAGGGCUUAUGCCCAGUCUGAUUGCUUCCGGGAUUCCUGGCGGGAUCCCCACAGGAGUUAAUGUGACUCCUGAGAACCCUCCUGCCCCCACCUCUGGACCAGGCUCCUCCCCUGCUGCUGGAACCAAUCCAGCUCAGCAGCAGCUCAUGCAGCAGAUGUUACAGAUGUUCGCCGGAGGCAGCGCAUCGAGCCAGACUCCAGAGGUACGCUUCCAGCAGCAGCUGGAGCAGCUGAGCGCAAUGGGCUUCAUCAACAGGGAGGCCAACCUGCAGGCCCUCAUCGCCACAGGGGGCGACAUCAACGCCGCCAUCGAGAGACUUCUUGGCUCGCAGCCCUCCUAAAGAGUGUCCUAGUGGGGGCGCCAGCGCACGCGCGCGCCUGGGGUCCAGGACGCGAAUCACAGACGAGACAUGAACACGGUCCAUUGCAUAAUAUCUGACAAAGCCCCCCCCAUCCCCAGUCCCCUGUCAUCAAUAGACUGAAUUCCAGUUGCUUCUUUGUUUUGCGCAGUUGAUCUGAGAAUUAUAGGAAAUUGGGGUUUUCAAAUUCGUAUUCUUAGACUGGACAAAAAGAAAAAUGAGAUCACAAUGGAAUGACACAAGGCUAACCCUUUCAUGUAUGACUGCGUCCCCUAACACUGGGAAAAUGCUUCUGUGAACCAAGUGUAGGUUAUCAUUCCUUACAAUUGACACAUACUCACUUGAGACACUACUUCAUUGUUUCUGGGAGUAGAAAAAGUUAAAAUUGAUUUCCUAGGACAGAUGAGCCCUUGUCUUUCAUGAGGAUGGUCAGUUUACUUAAUUGUUUCUCUCUGUCUCAUAAAUCAUGCCUGACUAAAUCAGUAUUUAUUGCAGACAUGUAGAGAUCACCUUUUACUCCCUCACCACCCUUCCACAAUUCACAGUUCUUUAAGCACAUCCUUCUCAUUUGACAUUGUUAAUUGAAAUCUAAUGGAGGAAGAUGUUGGAAUCCCUGUUUGAGAAUUAUAACAGCCUCAUGCAGAUGAUUGCUUACUCUUCAGCUAUUUAGAGAGGAAUGGAAUUUGGAAGUGUGAUUCAAGAGAAUGGUCAUCUCUUAGUCUUUUGCUUUUUAUUAGGAGUGUGAAUGAACUGCUGGUAAAAGCUUGUGGGUUAUGGGGUAAGGUUGUAACAAGGCAUCAAUAAAAUAUUUCUCAGCUUAAGAGCAAUGCUGAAAGCAGGCACCAUUUGUUUUGACCAUAUCUUUAUGCUUUGUCAUAGAAGUACUCUAGUGCGUGGAGAAGACAUGCAUUGUGUAUUGGAUACAUCAUAAUACAGUUAAUCUGGCAGCAGCAUGAAAGUGAUGAUGCUAGCUUUUCUGUGCACCAAUGCUAACCAACAGCAAUCUAAUGAAACUAACAGUCAAGUUUUGAUGUGAAUUAAAUUGUGUUCAACUUUGCUUUUUGCUGCACAUUCACAUUCAUAAUCCACUCUUUCGUCUCAUUUGAUUAAUUACAUUGCAAUAAUCUGAACUCGUACUUGAGUUGGUAUGUUUUAUUUUAAACCAGAGGACUUAACUACACAAAGGUGUGGGAGGGGGAUGUAUGGUGAGAAAUGUGUAGAUAAAUGUGUGUUCUCUCUGCCAGUCUUCAGUGAAUAGGCGUUCCCUGUUUCCUUGUUUGGUGUGCAGACCUGGGCCACAUUUAGUAGUAAUCUAGAAUGAUGUACCAUUAAUAAUGGCCUCAAUAUUCUUUAUGACUUGUUUGUUUGCAUUUUCUCAAAAAUACUGUGUAAGACUGUUGUCACCCCUCCCCCCAGCUAUCAGCAGCUUAGCUAUGGUUUGGUUUAAGUCAAUCUAAAUUAUGAUUUAAUUUACUUUCAGUUUCUUUUCAUUUCUAAUACAUAUACAUUUAUUUAAAUUGAAUUAAAUUCAGUUGGCACUUCAAAGACAA